AUGUUUGAUAAAACAAAUAGUAAAGAGAAUGGCUUGACCAAUCAUGCUGUUAGUUUAAAUAGGUAUCCAACACCUAAAUACUAUUUUCCAAGAAGGUAUCUUCUUGUGAUGAUAGGUUUCCUCGGUUUAUGUAUGGCCUAUAUUUUAAGAGUUUUAAUUAGUACCACCGUAAUUGAUAUGCAAGCUGAAUAUAACUAUUCAAAUUCAUUUAAAGGAUUAUUAUUGUCAUCUUUUUUCAUGGGUUAUCUUUCAACUCAAUUACUUGCACAACCAUUAUGCGAUAAAAUUGGUGGCAAAAAGACAUUAUUAUUUGGAUUAACAUUAUCAAUUAUUUCAUCAUUAUUUGUACCAUUGGCAGCUCAAAGUAAAGUGGCAGUAGUUUUUGUAAGAAUAGUUACUGGUAUCACCCAAGGUAUUACUUAUCCAACAAUGAAUUGGUUAAUGAGUAGAUGGUAUCCAAUUUCUGAAAGAUCUUCAUUAGCUUCAAGAACAUGGACUGGAGCAUAUAUUGGUACGAUUUUAGUUGAUUUUAUAAGUCCAUUAAUUUUAGAGUAUUUAGGAUGGGAGAAGGCAUUUUAUAUAUUUGCAGGUACUGCAUUGAGUUGGACUUUAUUAUGGGCAAUUUUCAUUAAAGAUGAUCCAAAAGAUGUAAUUAUUGGUAUUCAUCCAAAUGAAUUGGCAUUUAUUAAUGAAACAGAAGAGAAACAACCAUCUGAAAAAUCACCAUUAAUUAAUAAAGCUCAAAGUUAUGGUUCUAUCAAUCAAGAGGUUGCUACAGGUGAUAGUAGAAGUGACUACUUUGCAUCAAAUGGUGCAUCUAUGGAUGAACAAGAAUCACAAUUAGUUAAACAAAAUGAUAUUGAAUUACCUUAUUUCAAAGUUGUUAAAAUUUUAUUAUCUUCAAAAGCAUUACUUACUUUAUUAUAUUUUAAUCUUGUUACAUCUUGGGGAUUUUAUUUACUUUUAAUGUGGUAUCCAACUUGGUUGUUAAGUGUUGGUGUUCAAACUGGUAUUGAAUUAUCAUUUUUUAAUGCAUUACCAUAUUUUAUUUCAGCAGUGAUUGCAAGUGCUAUGGGUGUCGUAGCUGAUAAAUUGAUGGCAAGAGGUGUAAAGAAAAUAAUUGUUCGUAAAGUUUUAGGUGUACUUUCAGCUGCAAUUCCAGGUGUGUUUUUAUUUUUAAUUGCUUUUUGUAAACUUUCAGAUAAAACUCAAAUUGCUUUCAUGGUAAUUGUAGUUUGUUCAAAUGGUUUAGCUGCUGCUGGUCCUCAAAUGGUUACUUUAGAUAUUUCACCAAGAUAUGCUGGUGUUACAAUGGGUAUUGGUAAUUUCGUUGCAACAAUUCCUGGUAUUCUCGGCCCAUUAAUUGCUGGUGUGUUACUUGAAAAAUUUAAUUCUAGUUGGACUCAAAUCUUUAGUAUGUCUGCUACUUUCUAUUUAUCUGGUGCUGUUAUUUGGGCAAUAUUUGCAUCAUCUGAUAAAGUUUUGUAA